AUGUGGGCUGACGGCCUUUGCCGCCUGCGUGACUGCGUAAGGUCGCCGCUGUUCCAUACGGUUUUGAGACGUCUCAAAACGCCUCGGUUCCGUACGGUUUCAACAUCGUUUCCCCACCCCACUCCCCACCGCCACUCCCUAUCGCCACUCCCCACCGCCGCUCCCCACCGCUCCCCACCGUUUUCCACCAACAUUCGUUAUCUGCUUGUUUGGCAGGAGGCGGAAGGGAAGCGAGGAGGCAGUCGGGUGCACGAGACGUGGCUGGAUGGCAUUGAGGAGCUGCGCAGCUGCAUCAUGGAGAAGUGCCCUGAAGGGGGAAAGUCCAAGCUGCAACAGGACCUGGAUGAAGCAUACCAUCUGGUGGAGCAGCGCAUAGAGGAGCACAUGGAGGCCUUCAAGACCCGCGCCCUCGCUACUGCCUUCGCCCUGCCCCCCUCGCUACAAGCACACCUCGCCACGUUGGAUUGGGAACAGAGGGCAGCUGCGCCAGCUGGCAGCAAUGUUGGAGCAGGCGGGGGUGAUGACCUGGCAGCUGAAGCGUCGGCUCUAGAUGCUGAGCUGGCAGAGCUCAAUGCCACGCUGGAAAAGAAAAGAGCAGAGCUGCGAGCGAUGAGGCGGCAGCAGCGACAGCAGCUGGCGGCAGUGGGGAGUGAGGGGCAGCUGAAGCAGCUGCAGCAGAUAAUGCAAGCAGACCACAGCGAGCUGCUGGCCUCACACGAUCGACUGCAAGCGCAGCAGCACACAGCCAUGGACAUGACAGGUGACAGGGUGCCCGCGUCUGAAGAGGGAGGAGGCACGGAGGAGGGUGUGGCGGUGUAUGCAGCAGCGCAAGGCGCGCUGAGCGCUGUUCAAGAGCACAUGGGGAAGCAGGUGGAGAACGGGGGCUCGGCGUGA